CUUCAGUUGUCGUUCGACGCGCGCCGCGGUUCGUCUUGUAAUCCCAUCGCUCGAAUUUCACUAAUGAGUAAGAUAACGCGACCCCCCACAUGCCCGUUUUAACGAUUAUUAUAUUAAUACAGUUGAUCACGAACUAACUGCUGGGAUAGAUUUAAUCGUUCGCUUUUUUAAAGAUCCGAUUCGUACUUUUUUUUUUAAUUUUACAGAUGCAGAUAAAUUUUAUAUUUAAUAAUUUUUAAUUUAUGAUUAUAUUCCUUUUCUUGAUAGUAUACCAUUUGUGUAAUUCUUCUGAGCCUACUGAAUGUGAAAUGAACUAUUUUUAUGCGGGUUGUGAUAAGUGAAAUUAUAUGAUGAAGCUUUCUACUCGACGUUGUCCCAAAUUCUUCAUGACAGUUUGAAAAUUUAAAUACGUUAACAAUGGUUGAAUGAACAUUGUAAAAUUGGGAAUUGUUGAUAAACAAAGUUAAAUAUGUGGAAUCGCAAGGUAUUCAUCAGGAUUAUCGAAGUGAUGCUUUGCCUUGCCUGCGUGGUGGCACUCAGGGUAACUGAUGACGAAAGCCGAAGAGUGUUUCAUUAUUUGAGAAGUCGUAGCAGAGAAUGGUCCCUUUUGAAUAACGUCACAUGGGGCGCCAUAGGCGCCGCUCUUGCAACCGCGACUUGUGGUGGUUACAUAAUAAUCACGACGGGUCUUCUUAUUGCUGCUGCGACAGGAGAGCUAGAUGGUCGAAAGACGGAAAUAUUCUUCCUUGGACUUGGAGUGAUUCUUUUCGGUAUCGUCGGCGCUUUAUCGUUGGCGUCUAUUGAAAACGUCCCUGAGGAUUUGAUAGACAACGCCGCGGUUUUUGGGGCACUGUGCCUGCUAACAGCGUUAGUUUUCAUCGCUGACUUGUUAAUGAGCACGCCAAAGAAAAAGGACAAGCAUGGCAUGACAGAACUUCUGACUGAUAAAAGAGCUAAACGACAAAUAACGACGACUCUGGCCAGCGAAAAAGAAACAAAAUCCCCCAAAAUAAGCAGUCCUCAAGUUUCCAAAAACGACGACAGUGGCACUAUAAAUGAUGGUUUCGAGAAAGUAGAUGAAAGACAUCAAAAGAGUUCAGGGCAAGAACAGUCUGAAGAUCCGCGAAAAUGGGAACAAAAUCGCUCCUCUAAGCAGCGUUCGAAAGAUUCGUAUGAAGAUGAAGGAACUGGCAAUUUCAGUCGAGAAUACGGAGAACCAAAAGAAUAUACGCAGAAUUUUGAAAAUGGGAGAGCUCUCCGGGACUCGAAAAUGUAUCGAGAUUCUGAGAUGCAAAAAGCUAUGAGCAGGGACUCUUAUAGAACGGAUCAUGGAAUGGAAGCGCCUACUGUGGUUUAUAAGGUUCAUGAUAUUUAUCAACGUCCAGUGGAUGAAAUUGACACGCCUCGUUUUCCAACCGAAACGAAUCAUAAAAGUGAACCUAUAUUCGCGAAGAUCGUGAAUCCUAGUGUGAAGAUUAUGAAGGUUGAGCGCGAUGUGGACGAAGCUAUCGAAGGUUACAGAUAUUCUGACACUAGUCAGUACGACAACGUGCCAGUUCGAAUGAAAGGAAUGUCGCCGAAAAGUCAGAAAAAAAAUCGUGAUGUUUCUUUUAAUAUUCCACCGCCGCCAAAGGGUUAUGGAAAAGAAUUUGACCAGAGAAAAGACGAAAUCGAAAUACUGGAAGAAUGCUUUACUUCGCUCCGAACAGCGAGCACGGGGACACAGACACUCAACAUUCGAACACCUUCGUCACCCACUGAUCCUGGAUAUGUUAAACAUACCGCCAGUAAUUGGCCUCAUGAAACGAAAAUGAAAACACCUGGUUCGAGUCCAAGUCGUUCGAAGAAUUGACAUAUAAUGCACAAGAAGUUAUUAACUUGUUGCUUUAUGAUUUCUUAUUGACUUCGUGUGACUGAAUGAUUGCUUGAAAUUUAAAAAGCUUUCUCGUAAGGUAACAGGUUAUAUGAUUAUAAGUAGAUUAGAAAGGCUCUGAGAUAGAAUAAUUUAGAAUGAUAUGCAUACCAAAACACAGAGUGUAAAAUCAAUUUCUCUUUACUUCUAUCUGAGUAUUUCUCUGUGUAAUUUCCUCAUAUUUAAUAAAGUAAUACUAAUUUCUUUAAUUUCUCUAA